CAUUUUUUUUCGCCUUACUGAUGGCUGGCAGCAUCGGUAUCUGAGUAUAAAUAAACCUCUUCAGUUCUUCAACAUCUACAGACUGAGACAAGCAGACCACGUCAAGCUGUUACACACUAUUUGACACAAUGCAAUUUAUUGUGGCAUUCAUGUUCGUGAUGCUGGCAUAUGCGACUGCACAGCAGCCGGACAAAUUCAUGCAAAGGAUGAUUGCCAAGAUGAGGAGAAAUGCGGGUGAGGCUGAGGUGGGGGAAUCUUUGACUAUUGUUGAUCGCCUGAACAGGAGAGGGGUCAGUUCCGGCGAUGCAAAGAAAUUUGUACAAGCUCACAACAAAGUCAGACAUCACGCAAGGCCAACACCCAAGGAUUUGUCAGACAUGGCGUGGGAUGACACGCUUGCCACUACAGCCCAAAAAUACGCAGACAAGUGUAUUUGGGGACACAAUCCCCAUCGUUCAGACAAGAGCAAGUACAAUUAUGUCGGAGAAAACCUUUUUGUAACGACUGCCCAAGGUGGAGUGGAACCGUCAGCUGCUGUAGAAGCUUGGGCAGGUGAGGUCAAAGAUUAUGACUACGAAACCAAGACCUGUAACCCUGGAAGGAUGUGCGGGCACUAUACCCAGCUUGUGUGGCAUGAUUCUACCCACGUCGGAUGUGGUGUGAAGGUUUGCAAUACUCUCAAGAACAGUUCCAUGAAGAAGGCAACUCUCGUAGUGUGCAACUACGGCCCUGGCGGUAACUACGUAGGGGAGUUUCCUUACCCAGCUGCUUAGAUGAUGGUGAGCAGCAUGUCUUCUACCUCGCCCAGUUCCAGGAUUCCAAGACGACCUACACGCGAAUUUUGGAUCACACCACAUGUAUUCCCUACAAACAAUGUGUUUAAUUGUAAGUGACAUGAAUUUUAAAAU